AUGGACUUUCCAGACUUCAACUCUUCUGCGCUCUUCAUCUCUCACAGACCUUCAAACUUCAGUGGGAGGCAGACGGUCUAUGAGAGCUGCAGAGAAAUGCCCACAGUCCUCAUCUGGUAUCUCAGUCUGCAGUUUGCAAACAUGUUCCUGGGCAUCCCAGCUAACCUCAUGGUCCUGUGGCUCAUCCACAAGAACAAGAGUGACUCCUCCACCUUGGAAAUCUUCAUCUUUCAACUGGCUAUUUUAGACGUGCUGUUUUGUCUUAUCCCUCCCCUGGAGCUGGUUGACAUCAUUUUCCUCACUAGUGGCACCACCUGGUACAUCCUGCGCUUCAUCUACGGCAUCAAAGACUUCUCGCCACUCUUUCUAUCUUGCAUCUGCCUGGACCACUACAUGGCUGUGAUCCACCCCAUCACUUUCAAUGCUCUUAAAGAUCGCAAACACAGAACAGUCCUGGCCUUUCUGGUCUGGCUCAUCAUUCUGGUUUACGCCUCUGCUAAAUGUGUGGGCAACAUCCUCAACUUCGAGAAGGUCUUCACAGUGAUGAUCCUCACAGCGUUUGCUUUCAUGGUGUUCUGUAACAUAGCCAUUCUCUGGGCCCUGCGACAGUCUGGGCCUGGCAGAGACACCAUGCAUCCUGUGAAGAAGAAAGCCUUUAGGACGGUUCUCAUCAUCCUGGCCAUCAUUGUGUUUAACUACUUCCCUCCUGUUGCCCUGUUCCCUUUCCAGGACCACUUCUCUCCUGACGUGUUUCGCUGCUACAUUCACUAUGUGGCCUUUGGCUUGAUGGACUUCAGCAGCACCAUUCAGCCUAUACUCUACCUGUCCAAGGAGAAGCUUACAUGGAGACUCUGCUGCUACCAGACGCAAACGGACACGGCAAAAAACAAGUAA